AUAGUUUGCCGGCCGCCGAGCGAUUGGAGCUCCGUUCCAUCCAUUUGGUUGUCAACGCCGACACUUUCGCAUCUCGCACCGACUCCCUGUCGCUUUGUGCCGACAACCUUAUCGCCAAUUGAUUCACGCCCAACCGCUACUAUGGCGGAUAUUCUCACCCAGCUACAGGAGUCAAUGGACUUGCUCUGCACUAUGUUCAUCGCAGGCCUCUACUACGUCGAGCGACACCACGACCUCGAACAAUUCAACGCCAACGACAAGAUCCCCGACCUCAAAGCCGACCAACCCAAAGAAGUGGACACGCUCGACCCGCAGGCCUUCAAAGACGGCCAGGCCGAGAUCGCCCGCGACAUGAUCGUGCAGGCGCAGCGCAUCGAGUACCUGGUGUCGGAGCUGCCGGGCCUGCAGAACAGCGAGCGCGACCAGCUCCGCAUCAUCAGCGGCCUGGAGGAGGAGAUCGCGGGCCUCGAGGCCCAGCGCCUGGAGGCCGUCCGCGAGCGGGACGAGGUGUUUGGGCAGCUGGAUGCGUUGCUGCGCAGCUUGCAGCGGCCGUGAGGUGAGGCUGCGGGGAGGGGGUUGGUUGGUUUGUUGAUUUUGGGGGCUGGGUAUGGGCUUAGGCACGAAUAUGGGUUCGGGGAUGUUUAGGGAGCUAGGGAGUCAUGGAGGGCGGCGUUGGACGGUGUUCGGCGUUGGCUUGGUUAA